AUGGCAGGCCAGCCAUGGAACGACGCGCGCGAGGCUCUGGCCGGGCUAGCCGAGCUUUACGCGCGGUACGACACCGACGGGCUCGACGUCUACUUCUUGAAUGAUCCCCGCUGCCGCGUGAACCUCAGGGUGCGUGCAACGAUAGGAGCCAUCUGGGCGUCUUUGCCUCUCAGGAGACAAACUCCUACUGGUACGAAGCUGAAGGAGAUCUUAGACAAGUAUAUCCCUCUUGUCGAGAACAAGAGAGUCCUCCACAAGCCGAUCAACAUCAUCGUCAUCACUGACGGUGCUGCAACCGACGACCCAGUGGAGACCAUCGUGGAGGCUGCACGCCGCCUUGACCGAAACGAGGUGCCGCACCGCCAGCUGGGGAUCCAAUUCGUCCAGAUCGGAAACGACCUCGGCGCGACCGAAGCCCUGAAAGAGCUCGACAACGAGCUCGAGCACCAGUACCUGAUUCGUGACAUGGUGGACACGACGCUGUUCGACCCGAGGAACCCGCAGUUCAAGGCGGAGACGCUGUUGAAGAUCAUGAUGGGCGCUGUGGACCAGCCGUUAGAUCGAGGAUAUCCGUUCCGCCGUAGCGCCUCCGACUAA